AACGCUUUAAACAUUCACCUUAUCACAGUACAGAUGUUAUCUUGUGAGAUAUAAAUGUGACUUACUGUACUGCAGUGAGUAGUACUGAAUGCGGCUGUCUCAGAGGACAUCACACGCGUCGCGUCUUACUGCAGAAUCGUCUAGGCCGCAGGCAGAGCCGAGCUUUGAUGGACCGCAUGAAGAUCAUAAAAAAGCGUCUGUCCAUGAGCUUGCACAGUGUCCGGCGUCUUGAUGAAAGUCUGUCAGAUCUUCCAGAACACACUGGAUUGGACGAGCCCCCCGUGUCACUGGACUGUGUUCAUGUUAAAAUGGGUUCAGAUGGAGAGAGUGAUCAGGCUUCAGGAGCCUCUUCUGAUGAAGUUCAGAGUCCUGUAAGAGUCCGUAUGCGCAACCUUCCACAGCGCAUCUGUAAUGAGGACAUAAAUAAGCGCCUGUCACUGCCAGCUGAUAUCCGUUUGCCAGAGGGUUACCUGAAGAAGUUUACCACAAACAGUCCCCCGUUUGACAAACCUCUGAGUCGAAGGCUUCGUCGAACUUCACUUUCAGAAAUCGGCUUCGGCAAAUUAGAGACAUACAUCAAACUGGACAAACUGGGAGAGGGCACAUAUGCAACAGUGUUUAAGGGUCGUAGUAAAUUAACAGAUAAUUUGGUGGCUCUGAAAGAGAUCAGACUGGAGUAUGAAGAGGGCGCACCCUGCACCGCCAUACGAGAAGUGUCUCUCCUAAAGGACUUAAAACAUGCCAACAUCGUCACCCUCCAUGACAUCAUUCACACAGACAAGUGCCUUACACUUGUCUUCGAGUACUUGGAGAGAGAUCUCAAACAGUACCUGGAUGACUGUGGCAGUAUAAUGAGUGUUUAUAAUGUGAAGAUUUUCCUAUUUCAGCUCUUGCGGGGUCUCGCUUAUUGCCAUCGUCGAAAAGUUUUGCACAGAGACCUAAAACCUCAAAACCUUCUGAUCAAUGACAGGGGAGAACUCAAACUCGCUGACUUUGGUCUUGCACGUGAAAAGUCAGUGCCCACAAAGACAUUCUCUAAUGAAGUCGUCACACUCUGGUACAGACCUCCUGAUGUGCUGCUGGGCUCAACAGAGUACUCCACCUCCAUUGACAUCUGGGGUGUUGGUUGUAUAUUCUAUGAAAUGAUCACAGGACGGCCCCUGUUCCCUGGAUCAACUGUGGAGGAUGAACUUCAUCUUAUAUUUCGCAUCUUGGGUACUCCUACUGAGAAGUCUUGGCCAGGAGUCAAUACCAAUGAAAACUUUCAUUCAUACAACUUUCCUCAUUAUGAUGGUGAACCUCUCAUCACCCACGCACCCAGGAUCGGUAAUGAUGGUCAUGAUCUACUCUGCCAGUUAUUGCAGUUUGAGGCAAGACAACGUAUUUUUGCAGAAGAGGCUCUCCAGCACAUUUAUUUCAGAGAUCUGGGAGACAAAGUUCAGGAACUGGCUGACACUGCAUCCAUCUUCUCCAUUAAGGAGAUUCGGCUGCAGAAGGACCCAGGGAAACACUUCAGCACUCAGAGAGAGAUGGCUGUGGCCCAUCGGAUGGGCUCAGCCCCACCUGAACAUUUUCCCAAUGAAGGAGUGAAUCGUGUUCUACAUUCAGUACCCCUUUCUUCAUAAACAUGCUUAUGGGUAAUUCAUCAUUUCACCAAUAACUCACCAGUACAGGAAGUUGAUGGGGAAGACACCAAACAGGAAGAGACGCUGCAUCUUUUCAACGCUUUUGCCUUAUAAAUCAAAAGUUGGUAUGUGUUUGCAAGCGUGUAAUGAGGGCACCUGAGCAGUUUUAUGACAGCACCACCUAGUGGUCUUUUCACUACUCCUAUAAUGUUUGUCCAAUAACCACCAGAUUUGGCUCAGAUGAUCUUCAGACCAUGACAGACAAAAAGAUUGCUGACUUCACAUGAGAUCCGUCCAGCAAUAACAACAUAUUUCCUGAGACUUACACAAAAUAAGCCAAUAGUUGUUUGACAUCAGUAGCAUUACGUUUAGUGCUUCUUUAUUCACUCUGUCCCCCUAGCAGCUCAGGGGUAAUCUCAAAAACAGAGCAUUUUGUUUGAACUCCGAUUAGGAUGUUUGCGGUGACAUUAUGCCCAAAUGCACAACCAUAUGAUAUGUAGAGACUCACCAUAUGGGCAUAUUUAAAAUCACUUUAAAAUCAUGUAAUGUUCAAUAUAAAGUAUGUAAAUAUGUUUAGGGUUGAUUUUCAGUUCACUUAUACACACAAUAACAUGUGCACAUACUGUGGUAGAACAAUUUGUAACCCUUGACACCUUAUGAGUUAAAAUCAAAACUAUAGACACAAGAAAACAAAUCUGAGUGUGGUGGUGUAAUGGUUCAGCCUCUGGUCUUGAACUUGAAGGUUGGUGGUUCAAUCCCUGCGAGGAGUGAUCUAUGAGCCAUCACCUUUGUGCCUGUGAGCACGACACUUACUGUAAAGCCAGGCUCCUCCAGGAGAGUUGUCCCUGUAAUAAUUGAUCUGCAAGUCACUUUGGAUGAAAGCAUUUGCUGAAUUAUUGCUUGCAUAGAGUAUGGUAAAAUGGAAACUCGACAUUGAUAUUUCAAAUGCAUGCAUCUCAAGACAGACACUGUUAUACUAAAGUGUGUCCAAGCAAUCAUAGAGACUGCGAAGACUUCUGCAAACAGGUAACAGGCAUGAAAGAGCAUGGAUAUUCUGCUACUUUUAAAGAUGUACUGACAGAAAGUGACAAGGAGAAAAGACGAGGUGAAACUGGUUAAGAACAUGUUUGGGCCAUAUUUCACCCCAAAGUCAAAAGAAAGAAAUGAAAAAUUAUUUUGCAUAAACAAAUGGUACCUGUUUUAAAUUCAUUAAGAUUAAUGACAAUAGCUGGGUUUAUAGCCACAUAUUGUUAUGCAAAUUUUAGGAUAUUGCAUCAAAAAUGCUUAAUGGAAACACCCAGAUGCAAAUAAAAUCUCCAAAGUGCACAUAAAAAAGUUACAAAAAUCUCUUGAGCUGGAUACCUUUUGUUCAUUCGAAAAUAAGACAUCUGCAUAAACUGCAAUGGAAACACAUUUAAAGAAUACUUUUCCCUAUAGAAUUAUAUCUAAGGGAUAAUGUACAGUCAGUCGGUCGUUAUCACAAAAUUAAUCCCGACGGUGAUCAGGACCCCGACGCGAAGUGGAUUAUUACAUGGCAUCCUACCAAAUAAAUAAAUAAAUGGACAUGAAACAUUUAUUUAUUUCAAAAUUAUAAUGUGAGAAGAAAGAAAUGGUAGAGUCUCUAGAAACCUGUGCAUCAGUUGUGUUGGUGAUCAUUUUGCGAAAAUGACCAUCUGACUGCUCAUUAUCCAGCUUAUUACAAGACUACCUGCCAAAUAAAUGGACACGAAAUAUUAAUUUGCAUAGAAAUUAUGUUAUAAUGUGAGAAGAAAGAAAUCACAGAGUAUCUAGAAACACAUGAUUUUAAGCUCUGGUUUGUGUCAGUUUUGUUGGUGAUCAUCUGAGUGCUAAUUUUCCAUCUUACUACAAGACUACUUGCCAAAUAAAUAAGUAAACAGGAAUUAUUUUAUUAGCUUACUUGUAGAGAUCACAAAGUGAUAUGAGAAGUAGGAAAGAUAACUCACAAUCUCAAGAUGACCGGACGGAUAUCAGUUUAUCCACGAAUGUGUUUGUUAUUUAGAAAUAUCAGACCACCAGAUGGCAUUAUUGACUAAUCAGUAUUGAGUAUUCCAGAGAGCCGAGUAAUAAAGGAAUACAGAUGGCCAUCAAAAAAGUCAUGUAACUUUGCCUCAACAAGCCAUGUGAAUAAAUAAUUUGCUCAGAGAAUAUCAUUGCAAAGCAUCUGAAAUGUUGCUCUGGUUAUUCUGAAAUGCCAAAGUCUGUAAUCAAAAUGAUUGUCUGCUAUUACUGCACAUCCCAGGACUGUGAUGUGCUUUCACUCCCAGACAGAAGGCAUCUGCCACUUAACACUAACAAACAUGAAGUUCGUCAGAGCGUUUCGUCUGUGCGCUCUAAACCACAAGUCAUUUAUUACUGUUUCUAGAAGUCUUUCUGUGUAUGAUGCAUCCUGGACAACUGGGGAUUCUUGAUUCUGUAAUUAGGACUGUGAUAUGGACAACUACAGUACAAACAGAGCCAUGAGUAAAUCAUAUUUUACACAAUGAAUGCUUUAUUUCACACAUCCAUCAUGUAA